AUGCCGAACAACGUCCUGGUGUCGCUGGAGUUGGAACAGCGCCAGAACGAUGAGCUCAAUUCUAUAGCCUCCAUAUACGGAGACAUGUUCCACGACAUUACGCCUAAGGGCUUGGUGUGGAACAAGAAACCGUGUCCCCAUUUCCAAAUCAACAUUGAGUCACAUGUAAACCCAGAUCGACCAGUGCUAUCUAUGACACUAGACAUAGAGUUCACUCAGACAUAUCCGCUAUCGCCGCCGCUUGUCAAGAUUUUGCAUCCGAAGAAUAUCCUCAACAAAAAACUUCUGGUUAUAGAAUGCAAAAUCAAGGAGCUUAUCAAAGAGUAUCCGGAGGAAGAAGUUCUGUUCACGAUUAUCUCAGAAGUGAUUAUUCUCUGCGACGAAUUCCAGCUGACGGCGGAAAAGGUACUAUCCCUCGAAGAAGAGAGUGCGCUCAGGCUCAAAAAUAAGAAAAUCGAGCUCGAGAAACAAGAAGCCAAACGUAAAGCUGAACAGGAGUUGGCCCGAAAGAAACAAAACGAAGAACUCAACCAGCAAAUCAAACUCAUCAGGGGUGAAUACUAUGACUCCAACUCCAUUACGGUGCCAACAGACCAGAAAGAACAAGACCUCAUACCUUCCAACGAUAAAGACCAGUAUUUCAUAUUUGAAAAUGCAAUUGUAGGCGAGUUCCCGGCAGCCUCCAGAACAAAACUUAAGUUCAAGUUCAAAGCAGUGCUGGGAUUCAUAAAAUACGGCAAAAGAGACUUGUUAUCUACAGCUGGAAACCAGUAUAUAGUCAAGCCAUAUCUUACGCCUGAUCUUCAAACGAAAAUCGAUGCUAAAGGUACGGAAUUAUCGUACUUGUUAACUGAAAUAAAGUUGGAAAACCCCUACUGGAACUCAGAACAAGGCAAAGAUGAAAUCCGUGAUCUCGAGCACGAGUUACAAAUGAUCAGAGACAUCAGCAACGAUAACAUCAUUAAAUUGUAUGGGUUUCAGUUCGAUAAGUGCACUGGAGGCUGGAAAUUGAGAUUGUUAACUGAGUUCUCCUCUGCAAGUGAAUCUCUUCACGAUAUCCUUCCAACGGCUGAAUUUAUCAAUUGGGCUCUUGCAAGAGCAUGGCUCAUUCAGAUUCUUCCAGCGUUGGAAAGUUUGCACAACUUGGGCUUCAUACACAAGCUGUUGUGUCCUUUGACUAUUUUGGUUGUUCAACAACCAGAUUCCAGCCAUGCCAAAGUGCUCAAACUCAGUCACCCUUCUUAUGGCUACAAGAUUUUGAAGAUGUUGAAUUCGCACCCUAAUGAUCCUACCAAUAAUCUUAUGGACUUCUACCAGAUCAUAAUUCCUGAAAACUGGAUAGCUCCAGAAUUGAAGCACUCUGGAGUCCACAAUCAAAGAACUGAUGUUUGGGAUUUGGGAGUACUUUUCAUCAGAGUGAUGAUCAGUUAUAAUGCAUUGAAGACAACAUUCCACACUCCAGAAGAAUUCCACGACAAGUUCUCAGACGACGACUAUCCUGGUGCUGAAGUGUUCGCUUCACUGGUGUAUGAUAUGCUUUCCAAGAUGAUACAGCCAAAAAUGUCAAAAAGACCUACUCCGUUGGAAUUAAAUGCCGUCAAGUUUUUGAGAGAUGGCCCUGUAGUAACUAUAUCUCAUCCCUUUAUUGGUAACACGUCUAUGAAGUACAAUUUGCUGACAAAUAACCAGUCCAUUAGUAAAAGAAUGCCCGGUCAUGCCAAAAGAAGAUUUUCCAAUACUCAUGGUGAACUGCUUCUGGGAUCCUUUAUGAAGUCGGGAACUCAAAGAAACAUUGGACGCUAUGAAAGGGACUUUGAAGAAAUUGGAAAGCUUGGUAAGGGAGGGUUUGGUGAAGUUGUCAAGGCCAGAAACAGAUUGGAAGGUACAUUUUACGCCAUUAAGAAAAUUAAGCACAAAUCCAGUAAAUUGGACUCAUUAUUGAGUGAAGUUCUCUCCCUUGCCAGACUCAAUCACCAGUACAUUGUUAGAUAUUAUGGGACUUGGGUUGAAGAACUUCCUGAUUCGACCAAUGCCUCUUCUGUUGUUACCGAUGAUGGGACGAAAAGCGGUGAUGAUGUGGCUUCAGAAAGUGAAACAGAAGAUGACUUUGAAAGUCCACUUAACGCCAGAUCUACUUCCUUUUUGCUAGCAGAUAAUUCGUUCCAAGUAGAUUAUAUGUCAAAUUCAUUUGAUCCUGGUAUUGAAUUCGGGUAUUCAAGUGAUGAAGAAGACGAUUUGGAUGAUCGAAUUGAGUUUGCCAAUUCCACAGAGGAACUGACUGACAAUGCCUUAGUAACUGAAAGUGAAGAUGAAGAUUCACUAGAUUUAAGUAAACAUGAGAUAAAGAUCAAAGUGGAUGUCCUUCCUAAGUUGGCAGAGCAAACGAAGUCAAUAUUAUAUAUUCAAAUGGAGUUCUGUGAGAACAACACAUUGCUCAACUUGAUAGAUCAAGGUUUGCCCGGUAAUUCCAAUGAGUACUGGAGGCUUUUCCGUCAGUUGCUUGAAGCAGUAUCGUAUAUUCACCGAGAAGGUUUCAUCCAUAGAGACUUGAAACCUACCAAUAUCUUUAUUGACAGAUCUAAUAACGUCAAGGUCGGAGAUUUCGGUUUGGCAAAGAAUUCUCAAUUCUCAUCUAUUGUACUGACAAACAAUCAGGUCACAUCUAAUUCCAAGAAUGGAGAUUUAUCCACUGUGGUUGGUACUCUUUUCUAUACUGCUAAUGAAGUCGCAACUGGUUCAUAUGAUGAAAAGGUGGAUAUGUAUUCUUUGGGUAUCAUUUUCUUUGAGAUGUGCUAUCCUUUGGCAACGGGAAUGGAAAGAGCCAGAACUUUGAAUGACUUGAGAUUGGUUUCGGUUGAAUUUCCUUCUAACUUUGUCGAUCUGAAAUACAAGACUGAAAAGAAGAUUAUCCGGUUGCUUCUUGAUCACGAUCCUAAGUUGCGUAUUGGAGCUGCUGAAUUGUUGCAGAGUGGACUUUUGCCAGUUGAACAUCAGGAUGUAGUUAUCAAAGAGGCAUUGAAAUCGUUGGCAGAUCCUGCUUCCCCUUGGCAACAACAAGUACGUGAGACCUUAUUCAACCAACCUUAUCUGUUAGCAAGAGACUUGAUGUUUGAUUCGUCCAACAAAGUUUCUCAUUUCCAUAACUUGGAAGGCUCUGCUAGCGAUUACUUGAUCUUCAACCGAAUCAUCUUGGAAAUGUACCGAAUCUUCAGAAGACACGGAGCAAUAGAAGAUUUCAAUGCCAAUGUUUUAGCACCCAAGGCACCCUUCCAAUCACGAGAUCUAGUAUAUGAGGUCUUGGAUAAGAAUGGAUCAGUUUUGACCUUGCCAUAUGAUCUAACCCUUACUACAGCUAGAAUUUUAAGUAAGGCUGAUAUGUCCAUAUCGAAAACAUAUAGACACGAUUUUGUCUACAGACCCAACGUUAGAGGUACUGGAGUCCCAGACAAGUACAGUGCGGUCAAAUUUGAUAUAACUUCCCAUGACGCUUCAAGCAGAAUUGUUAACGAUGCGGAAUGCCUAAAAGUAGUAGAUGAGAUCAUUCAAGCUUUUCCUUGUUUCCAUGCAAAAAGCUCGUCAGCCAUCAUUGUCGUGAACCACAACGAUAUUUUGGAAGCUGUGACUACGUUUGCUUUUGGAAGUGUUCGUAUAGACGACAAGAAAAGACUAGAGGUAUUUGGAAUUCUUUCACAGCUUGGAUUAGAUAAGGAUGCGGAUGAAAUUAAGCGUUACCUCCGUGAGGAUCUUAAGGUUCCACAUACUGUUACUUACGAUUUGGUAGAUGGAUUUGAUUUUACUUUGGAAGUCGAUAAGGCUCGCCAAAAGUUUCAAAAGAUCAUGAAAGACUCUCCAUUAUUGGGCAAGAUUGAAAGGGCUCUCCAAUAUCUUCUUGAUGUUGUUGCCGUUCUCAAGAAGUUUGGCGUGAAAAGUCCUGUCUACUUUAAUCCUCUUAGCAAUUACAACAGCAAAUACUAUUCGCAUGGCAUUUUGUUCCAGGGAAUAUUCAAGAUCGAGAAGAACAGAAGAUAUUCACGUAUUGUAACAGGUGGAAGAUAUGAUUCCUUGAUUGCAUCAUUUGUGAAUAAAGAUAUUGCAAAGUCCAAUACUCCUUUUGCUGUUGGUUUCACAUUAACUACUACUUUCACUUUUGUUCUAAUGAAGAAACUUUUACAUCGCAAGGUCAAGAACCAGGAGUUCAAUCAUCAGAAGUGGAGAGGUGUAAGAUGUGAUGUUAUUAUUACGUCUCCCAGCGCUGCAUACAUGGACCAGUCUAUCUAUGAAAUAGCAAAAGAGUUGUGGGCCCACAACAUAAACUGCGAUACAUUUGUUUUCUCUUCUCAAGAAGAGCUUUCUCAUAAAGUUCAGACUGAUGGAGCCAAUUGGAUAGUUGUAACUAAACAACCAAAUACUCUCCAAAAGCGUAAUAGAAAUUUCAAACCUUUGAGAGUAAAGACUUUGCACCCUAACAAAGAGGUCGAUUUGGGGUACGAUGAGCUUGUUGAUUAUCUUGAGUCGGAGAUCGAAGAACGGAACACUGAAUUUGAGGUUGAAUGCGGAGACAACAGUAAUGAUCAUGGUAAGGCACCUGAAGAUAACAAUAAUCAUAUGGAGUCAGACACUUCUCACCAUGAGCUCAACCCUUUGUUUUCGGUUGAUAUUGAACAGAAAGCUAUUGUUGUUCCCAACGAAGCUCCCAGAGGUAGAAAGAAUAACAAGAGAGAAAAGUGGGAGUUGGAAAAUGACUCGAAGAUAGCUUCAGCCCAGGCACUCAAGGAUUUGGCGACUUCACCUGUUAUCACGGUAGAUGCCAGAGAUGAGGUUCUUGACAUGAUAGCUAUCACUUCGAUUCUGCAACAGGAAGAAUGGUUGAGAAAGGUAAUAUUUUCCAAUUUGCCUCGUAGUUAUGCUAUUAACAUCCACAAUUCGUUAUCAAAAGAGGCCAGUAAGGGCCACAGAUGGGCCGUAAUAUACUCUCCCAAAACACAGAAGACGAACAUCGUUGAUUUGCAACGAUGA